GUCCCGCCCCUGAUUAGGAUGGCCUGCAGCUGGUGAGAGACAAACAGAGCUGCGCUGAUCGGUCAGAUUGUGAGUCUCCAAAGUAACACCACAUAUGAAAGUUGGAUGGUGGUUUAGAUAAAAGCAAUGAUGGAGGCUUUGGUAGCACUGUUGAUGAUAUUUGGAGCCACUGUAGGAAUUUCAAAGAUUUCUGCAUCACCUGAGUUUAACACCCAGGUUCCUCUAGACUUGGCUCCAGACUCUGUAGAUGACAUGUACGCUGGCUGCAAAGAUAAGAUGGAGUACAGAGUGAAGAAGGAGUACCUGAUGAAUGAGAAGAGUAAAGACAAAAACUUUACUCUGGCCUGGGCUGAAGCAGAAAAAUACUACAACAAAAAAUGGAAGCGAAAGGGAAAACGGCCCUCCACAUCUCUGGGGAAAGAGAAGAUCAUGGCCAUUUAUGUCUACAGCCUUGACAAACCUAAAGUCUAUCUUGAUUUCAAUAAUGCAGUUCGAACCCAGAAGUCUGAAUACCAGACAACAUUCAGGUACCACACACUGCACUUUUUCCUGACAGAUGCACUUCAAACCCUCAAUGCUCGAAAAGCUGAGGAAGAAAGAUGUCUGACGGGCUACAGGAGAGUCAACAGCUACUUUAGCCAAAAUGUUCUCAACAAGGCGAUCCGAUUUGGCUCUUUUACCUCCAGCUCCAUGGGUUGGUACCCCAGCUCACACAGAUUUGGAGACAAGUCAUGCUUUGAGAUAGUUACGUGCUUUGGAGCAGACGUCUCGCUGUACUCAAAGCUUGGGGAGGCAGAGAGAGAAGCCCUGAUUACUCCUUAUGAAAUUUUUAAGGUCACAAGAAUUGAGAGGAGAUCAGACCACAAGAAUCUUCCCUGUGAGGUGGUCUAUAAACUGAAAAGUACAGGAAAAACUCUCUCUGCUUUGAAUUGUGCUCUUGUUUUGGAAUAAGCCUAAGCCUUCAACAUGGGUUGCAUGAUAACUAAGCAUACAAAAAUGAACAGUAAUGAAAAGGGUCUGAUUGUUAUUAAGCUGUUUUUUUUUCUUGUUCUGCCAAAGUCAUCUGGAACCAGGAGCAUAAAGAAGAAGGAAAAAAAAAAUCACAGAAACUGUCAAAGUUAAAGAAAAAGCCAGAGAAGAGGAGUGUGAAUUUACCUUUUCUAGAAGUGUUGUAGACAUUGGUUGCACUGUAAUAAGAUGCAACAUUGCCUAUGUAUUAUCCCUGACAAAUAAAGAAUCAAAGCUAA